CUCAUGAACAUAUGUAGGACUGAUUGGUUUGAUUUUGUUGUGAGAACUUUGAAUCCCUAUCAUCUGUUUGUACAGAGAAUACCCAGAAAUGAACAGCUAUGGAAUAUGAUGUUGCCAAAGUUGAAAGCUUUUUAUGAAAAAGCAAUUCUUCCGGAAUUAGCUUGUCCAAGAGAUGGAAAAAGUCCAGGAAUUAGGGAACCUGGGGUAUGGUAUACACCUCCCAAAGCUCUAAAUAACAACAGUAGAAGGGAUGCUGGGAAAAAACGAGGACAAUCAAAUGAGCCAGUUUCAAGAAAAACUAGGAAAAAAAGGUAGUUCACAUAUUAUUUAUACAAGGUAAAGGUCAAAUUAUUAGAAUACAAAGGAGCUAGGGUCUUGUACUAAGAAUGUUACUAUGA